CAGUCAGUCUCAGUGCCUACCUUCACACAUAAGAGGCAGGGCACUCAGGUCUGCCAGAGCGCACAGACCUCCACAUACACACACACCUGCACACUUGUCACAGUCACACACGCACACACACACCAUUCACACACUUCAACACACACACACACACACACACGCCCUCCCUCUUCAAGGUACCCUGCACGACCUCUCACCAUUGGCCAAGUCCCGGAGCCCUCAGCAUCUCCAUCACGGCUGAAGGGACCAUUCGGGAAAGCAGGAGACAGAGGUGGACUAUGAGGAUGCUUGCACGGCUUGUGUUAGGACUCUUCGUCCUCAAAACGGUGGUGGCCAGUCCCAGAUUUUCCCGGCAAGUGGACUUAGACUCAUAUGACAGCACCAACUACGAUGUGGAUCUAGACAAUUUAAAUUUGGAGAACCAGGAAUACGACUAUGAAGAUGGACUGACGAUUGAUGAUCCUCAGAUAGAGAUUGGAACACUGGCUCCACCGGACUAUAACUACCCUGUACCUGAGGCUUCCUUGGAGGAAAAGGAACAAGAAGAAGAGGAAGAGGAGGAGGAAGAGGAAGAGUUGCCCCUAAAACCCCAGCUCAUUCCUCAGGGUUCAGGGGGAUCUGGAGUUCUCAUGGGCCCAAAUACACAGAAAGAGGUGGAGCUGCGUCUGACGCCCAUUGACAUCCUUCAUGUCUCCGGGGAUUUUGGGGGCUCCGUGGGGUCUGGGGCCUCAGGAGUUUCUGGGGCAUCUGCUUCUGGAGCCUCAGGGGUCUCUGGUGGCUCUGGGGGUUCUGGUGACAUUGUCUUCAUCUCUGGAGUUUCUGAGGAGCUCAUCAGCUCUGGGGGAUCCGGGGAGUUCUUGGUAUCCGGGGAUCUCUUGAUAUCUGGGGAUCUCUCAGGCUCUGGUGAUCUCUUGGGAUCUGGGGAUUUAUCUGGGGGAUCUGCAACCUCUGGAGCCUCUGGGGACUUUGUCUCCGGAGGUUCUGGAAUUGCCAUCGAACUCCCCGUGGGCUCUGGAGGGUCUGGGGACCUGUCUGGUUCUGGGUUCUCUGGAGAUCUCCUGAUCUCUGGGGCCUCUGGAAUCUCUGGGUUUUCUGGGGAAUCUGGUGAAUCCGGUGUCUCAGGGAUAACACUGAUAGAUGGAGAGGAGGAGCUGCCUCUCAUUACAGAGACUAUUCCCCACGAGGCAUCGGGUGCUUCUGGGGAGUUCUCAGGAACUUCAGGAAUCUCUGGGGCUUCAGGGGAUGUCUCUGGAGACUUAGGGGUCUCUGGAGUCUCUGGUGUCUCUGGCUCUGGAGAUGUAGAGGUUCCUGAGGUAACUCUGGUCCCUGACAUUGAUAAAGAGGAGGGGCUGCUUCCGACUACAACAGAGCCUCCUCAGGAGGGUACAGGCGGUGUAGAAGGGUCAGUGGGCUCUGGACUUCCAGAGCCUGAUGAGACUGAAGAACCUGACAGGCGAGGAAUGCCCACUUGCUUGCUGUGCACAUGCCUGGGUGGCUCGGUCUACUGUGAUGACUUGAAGCUGGAUCAUGUACCUCCACUUCCCAAAGAGACCACUCACUUCUAUGCCCGCUACAACAGAAUCACCAAGAUCAACAAGUCCGACUUCGCCUUCAUGAACAAACUGAAGAGGAUCGACUUGACUGCAAAUGAGAUAACAUCCAUUGAUGAGAAAGCAUUCAUUGGUCUGCCUGAGCUGGAGGAGCUGGUGAUCCGCGAAAAUCACAUCUCACAGCUGCCUGCCCUCCCAGAGACAAUGGCCCUGAUCGAUGCCAGCCAUAACAACAUUGGCACCAAGGGCAUUCACAAAGAGGCCUUCAAAGACAUGACCAGCCUGCUGUACCUGUAUCUAACAGACAACAAUCUUGAUUACAUCCCUGUGCCUCUACCAGACAGCCUGCGAUCUCUACACUUACAGCGUAACAACAUUCAAAUGAUGCACGAGGACACAUUCUGCAACCUGAAAGAUUUCAACUACAUCAGGAACGCACUGGAGGACAUCCGUCUGGACGGCAACCCCAUCAACCUCAGCAGGACCCCACAGGCAUACAUUUGCCUGCCCCGUAUACCCAUCGGGGAUCUCAUUUAACCACACAGACACACACACUGACUCCCACAAAUACAACCACAUGCACACAUCUUUGUACAUAUUGACACAAAAUGCCACACACACACAGACACGCAAACCAUUUAUUCACUCCUCAGUCAGUAAAUUAAUAAAAGAGCAAGAUUUUAAAGUGUCAAACGUGCUGCUGAUGUGUACUACAGAGCUGUGCAACACUGUGUGGACAUUUAUAUUUCAUAAACACCCACAAGCUUAGAACUACGAGUCAGAUUCUGGUGAUCAAGCACUGAUCUAAUGCACCUUCUUCCUGUUGUUUUUUACACUUUGUAAAACAUCACAUAUACACACUUUCACAGUAUAAUUCAUUCCCUGACUGACCAAAAUGCAUGCACACACAUACAAAUACACACAUACAUGCUAGAACUUUCUCAAAAACUCAAAACUUUUCCACAACUUGAUCAAAAGUUCAUAAAAGGUGACAUUCAGAGAAGUGAGUUUAUUGAUGAAACCCUCAAAACAUCAUGUAUGUUUCUGUUCAGUGUCUGUUCAAAACUGGCAUAAAAAACCCAGUGACAUUGUUUAAAUAUGUUUGUUUUGUAAAAAUAAAAAUAAUAAUAUUAAUAUUAAUGACCAAUCUAACACUUUUGGAAAUGUAUACUAGCAUAAACUUAUUGAAGCUGGAGCUUAAUGAAAGGUAAAUUGAGUAUCUAAUGCAAUAAAAGACGCAUUUAAACACAA